UAGUUUCUGGUGCGUGACGUCAAUGCGCGGAAGUAAACAGACCGCUGCGCUUCAUGUCAACACGUUUAUGAAAUGUACAAGAUCAUCUGAUCAUAUAUUAAAUCGUUUAUGAUUAUUAAUAUUUUAAAGUCAACAGUCCGAGGUUGAAUCGUACGCUUUAAUGGCUCAGAUUCAGAGCAGAGGAAACCGCUGUGCUGUAAAUAUCAUUGAUUAUUGAUCGAUUGAUUGAUGCCGGUUCGGGAUGGCUGCGGGUUUCGCUCCGCCGAAGCUCAAAGACUUUAUUCUCACCGAGAAACUGGGAAGCGGCACAUAUGCGACAGUUUAUAAAGCGUUCAGAAAGACGGACAGCAGGGAGGCGGUGGCUGUGAAGGUGGUCAGUAAGAAAAGUCUCAAUAAAACCUCCAUGGAGAAUCUGCUGACCGAGAUUGAGAUCCUGAAAACGGUCCGUCAUCCUCACAUAGUGCAGCUCAAAGACUUCCAGUGGGACAGUGAUCAUAUCUAUCUGAUUCUGGAAUGGUGUUCAGGAGGAGAUUUGUCCUCUUUUAUCCGCAGUCGCCGGAUCCUCCCGGAAAGAGUCGCUCGCCGCUGCCUUCAGCAGAUGGCAUGUGCUCUUCAGUUUCUCCAUGAGAAGAACAUCUCUCAUCUGGACCUCAAGCCUCAGAACAUUCUGCUGAGUGGAAACGUGUUAAAGCUCGCAGACUUUGGUUUUGCGCAGUACAUGAGUCCGUGGGAUGAGCAGCACGCUCUGAGAGGUUCUCCGCUCUACAUGGCUCCAGAGAUGGUGUGCCGACGGCAUUAUGACGCUCGAGUGGAUCUGUGGUCCGUCGGGGUCAUUCUGUACGAAGCUUUAUUUGGACGAGCUCCGUUUGCCUCGCGCUCGUUCGCUGAACUGGAAGAGAAGAUCCGCAGUGAGAAACCCGUCGAGCUGCCGUCCGGAGCCAGAGUUUCUCGUGACUGUCGAGACCUGCUGCUGCGGCUGCUCGAGAGAGACCCGGACGCCCGCAUCACGUUCCACGAGUUCUUCCUGCAUCCCUUCGUGGAUCUGGAGCACAUGCCGAGCGCCGAGAGCCUCGGGAAGGCUAAAGCGCUGGUGAUGCAGGCGGUGCAGAAGGACCAGGAUGGAGAGCGAUCGGCUGCGUUAUCUCUCUACUGUAGUGCACUGGAACACUUCGUUCCUGCCAUUCACUAUGAAACGGACAGACUGAGGAAGGAAGCGCUGAGACAGAAGGUGAAUCAGUAUGUUUCUCGAGCCGAGGAGCUCAAAGCUCUGGUCAGAUUGGACAACAAAAUCAGUUUUGAGGCGGCGAAAUCAACCAGGAACAUAUUAAUAGAAAUGUCCAGAGAUCAGCCCCGUUUACUGGCUGCGCUGGAAGUAGCGUCCACUGCUGUCGCCCGGGAGGAGAGCGGUGCGGAGGACUACGACACGCUGGAUCUGUACCAGCAGAGUUUGGGCGAGCUGCUGCUGGCGCUGGCGGCUGAAGCUCAAGGCCGGCGCAGAGAGCUGCUCCACCUCGAGAUCAAGAGUCUGAUGAGUCGAGCUGAAUACCUCAAAGAGCUGAUCAAGAUGCGGGAAACUCAGACGGAUGAAUCGCUGAAGAAAGACGCCGUUGCUGAAUCUGUCAGAUCCUCCUGUUGUUUACAGUGAGCUGCGGGUUCUCGUCAUGGCAACAGAUGCGGCGUGUCACAUGGCCAGAGAAUUCCCAGCAUCUGAUUGGAUCCUGGCAGACGUUCAAACUGCUGUUAGUCUCGCUGAUUUCAUCUGGACGAGAUCUGAGAUCAUUGUACUGAGAAAAAGAGCUUCACACCUGAAAGAACGAGAUUCAUGACUGUAAAAUCACGUCACACACACACACACACACACUUAAAGAAGGGAGUUUUAUCUGACGUCUCACUGAUGUUUGUGUGUUUCUGAUUCCUGAUGAUUGUGAGAUUUAUUUAUUCACCGUCUGAUCUGAAUGAAAGCGUUCAUCUGUGUUUCUCACUCUCUCCGGGUGAAUAUUUUCUUGCUUUAUGAAUUUUUGUUGGCCAUAAAUUGUCAUUUCCUCUCCACAUUCCUACAGUAAUAUAAUUCCUCCCCCUGCAUUCCUCUUUCCUCUCUGGAAUAAAUCAGCCUGCAGAAACCAUCAGAAGAACAACAACAACUGACGCUUUGCAAUAAGGUUCCGUCAGUUAACAUGAAAAACACUCAUGUUCAUGUUAACAUUUACUAAUACCUGAAAUUAAAAGCUUUAUCUGUUGAUGGUUUAAUGGACCGGCGCUGACAUGAACAGCAAUUGUUUCUCAUGUUUAAUUCUCAUCUGAUAGUUUCAAUGCAGUCAAAUAAACCUCAACUGAUCGAGCCAAAAGGACGACACACACACUCAACUAGAACUAGUGACGAUUGACUUAACAAAUGGCACUAAUUACAGGCUUCUUAACCUGAGAGUUCCUGUGGAAAAAAAGGUCAGUGGGAUGAAUGAAUCUCCUCUAGUCUGAUCAGAUCUGGAGUUUGGUUACUGAUCGAGACUCUCGAACACACAAUGAUGCUGUUGUUGUUCAUGCCAGCUCUGUCUGUGACUCCAGCUCGGAGAAGUCAUGCCAACUCAACAUCAGAUCGACUGAGGAAGGACUGUGUGUGUGUGUGUGUGUGUGUGUGUGUGUGUGUGUGUAAAGGAGUGAUCCUUCAGAAACACACACACACACACAGCGUCUCCUUACACUGACGUGGCCGUCAUGAAUAGGACAUUGUACCCACAGGACACAAUGCUGGCUCUACGAUCUGUGUGUGUGAAGUGGGGGUUGAAAUCUGGGUCAGUCCUGAAAACAGAUAAAUGAGGAACGACCCCAGCUCAGUGUCACUCCCGCGGCUCUCCUCCCCCUCCAGCAGCUCCCCUGCUUUUGUUUAUUUUGAUUUGGUUCCCGGCCGUUCACGAGGGAGGAAAGAGCCUCGGCUGAGCCGCGUACCUUCAGUUAGUCGGGCUCCUGCUCGUUGUUUUCACAGAAAAAGCCAAAAACGAACGACUGCAGACCCUCCGGCAUCUGCGGUGCGGCUUUCCACAGACGUUUCCAAUUAAACCACAGAAUAAAGCGUGCAAACAUUACAGUUCUCCACCGAGCAACGGCUGAAGGUUAGAUUGAGAAUCUGAAGAAACAGAGUUGAAGCAAACGAAAACACUGAAGGGAAGACACUACAUGGUAAACAUUUGAACUAAUAAACACCGUAAUUGACUCAUUACUUUAGGAAUCGCAAACGAGUUUUCCAGAAAUGCCAGAGGGGAUUUUUGGAUAUAAACAGACAGAAAACAGACAUGUUUUUAGGAGUAAAAUGUAGUUUAAAUCAGGUGAAUGAUAUAUGAACAAGCCUUCAGAAUAUAGAUAUGAAUAAAAAUGUAAAGUUUGGUGUGUGUAAAGCUGCUGAAGUGGAGAUUUAUGACUCAAUCGCAACUUUUUAUCUCACAAUUCUCACUUCUAUUCUCAAAAUUGCAAGAAAUAAAGUCAGAAUUGUGAGUUAUAAUACAUAUAAACUCGCAAUUCUGACUUUUUUUCCCUCGGAAUUGUGAGAUAUAAACUCACAAUUGCAUGUUACCCUGACAGCAAUAUAGUGUCGGCCCAGAUCUGGUCCGCAUGUAAUCCACAUGUAUCAGAUGCGGGCCGGAUCUGGGCCGACACUAUAUUGCUGACUGGGUAUGAAGUCAGAAUUGCUAGAUAUAAACUCAAUUGCAAGAUAAAAAGUCGCAAUUAUACCUUUUUUAUGUUUUAUUCAGUGGUGGAAACAAGCUUUUGUAGAAAAGGGUUCUUUAGAUCAAUAAAAUGUUUGUCACACCAAGAAUAAAAUGGUUGUUUUAAGAGCUGUUCACUCGUUCUUUGGGAACCUAAGUGGUUCUUGUAUGGCAUCGCUGCUAAAAAACCCUUUAUUUUUAAGAGUGAAUGGAAGUAAAAUUUAGCAGUGCAUGAAACACAAUGUUUUUGCCUGUAGUGUUUCGCCUUAAUAACAUCUACGUUCACUGGUUUUGGAAAUAAAUAUUACGUCUUUCAGACAUCAGAUGACAAAUUUACUUUAUUUUCAGCAUGACUUUUAUUUUCUUAAAAAUUCCAAAAUGCAUAAAUAAAUUCUUUUUCUGUACAAAGUUUGUGAAACUUCAAUAGCCUUUAUGAAUUCAAGAAAUAUUAAAGCAGAAACUCUACACAAGUACACAGAAAACGCUCAAAUCAGACGCAUUAACGUCCACUAUAAACAGUUAAUUAUCUUUAACUUAAGUUGCUUUGUAUGAUUCUCGUCAAAUGCAACGAUAUUAACUGACCUGAAAGAGAAAACUGACCAUAGAAGAAGACUGAUGUCCGCUACAGCGCUGCUUGUGGCCACAUUGAGAUUUGCAUUCACGUACUUGCAUAGAGUGCGCUUCUGAUCUUAGAGUUUACAUGAACUCAUCAGACAUUACUAAUAAUUCAUUAUAUGCAAAGAAAGAAAACUAGAACCACUGAAAACAAAUAUUAACCUCAACAGUUUCAAGCUUGAUGCUGAACUUCAAGAAAGUACAGACAGUUCAGGCACUUGGUGUUGAUUUCCAGCAUACAUGAACAAUACUCGAGUCAGAUGUGAGCGUGAGAGAGAAAGACCAUUUAACAGCAUUUGAAGGGCCUCUUCACUUAAAUGAAGCACUUGAUCCCAAACCGGCUCCUUUCUGUGUCCGCGCUCGGCAAAUAUUUGAAGUAAGUUGCGAGAACAAUGAGAGUAAGAGCUCCGCAAACUCUCGACGCACGUCCACUGUUUGUCUUGAGCCUUACUAAAGAGACACUUCAAGUGCCACAAUACGGAGGAAAGGAGGAGAACGUCACGCUGAAAUCAUAAACACUGCGGAGAGUUCAUGUGCCAAACAUCCGACUGAGAUAAUGAGAGCUUGUUCACCGGACAAACAUUGCUGCUUCAAGAAGGACUGAAGGCUGAAAUAAACUACACGACUGGCCAGAUUUUUGCCCCUGAUUUGAAGUCGAUGAAAGUCAGAGUCAGUCUAAAGAUUUUGGGCAGAUUAAAUGGAUGGACUCAGACUUUGAAGUGAUUUUUGAGAUGAUUUUAAAACACUGUUUUCAUUUGUUGUGCAUCUUGAAGCACAUGUUUCAGAGUUUUUGUGUUCAAAACGACUUACAAAUCUGUUACGCUCUAAGAAGAAAAUGAACCUAAAACAGAACCUCAUAUGUAUAACCUUUGAGGGGUUCCAUCAUGAGAUCAUUUGAUGCAUUUAGUUUUAAUUAAUUAAUUAAUUAAUUAAUUUUGUUUUAACCCUCUGGUGCUCUUCGCGUGUUGCUCAAAAAUAACUGAUUUUUUAUUUCAAUGAAAUUAAGGUACUAUAUUUCAGUUCGAUAAUGUUUUUUAUUUAAUAUUUUGUAUUUUUAGGGGAUUUUAUGGUACUAAAUUAUAUUUACGCUGUAGUUAUAAUCCAUUUAUUCACUUUUUGAGACCUGAAAAUGAAAUUUACAACUUAAACUGUCAUAAAUUUUGAAUGCUUUAGAGCACAAACUUAAUUUUGGUCUCUUCUCAAAGACGACAUUUUACAGAUUAUUGCUGAAGUAAAAACUUUAAAAAAGUAUAAAAUAUAAAUAUAAUAUUUAUAUUAUAAAAUAUAUAUAAAAUAUAUAUUUUCAAAAACACGUUUUACUGUAAAACUACAAGAAAAUCAAAGCCAUAAAUCUAAACAAGUUGUGUUCCAAAUUUGAGUUUGAUAUCUCAAAAAAUGAGCUUUCAGUAAGAGUUUGUUUUGGCGCAGUACCAAAAGUUUCCACUAAAUUCAUUCAUUUUUGACCACGAGAAGCACGUGUAACUAUUUUUUCAGGACCAUUUAACCUUUUCGAAUCAUGUCCAUGAUUUUUGUGUGUGUGUGUGUGCGUGUUCACAUAGCAAGUGUCAAAAGUUUCGUACCAUUUCAAUGAAGUAAAAAAUUCUAAAAAAAAAAAAAGUAAAA